AUGUUCCGCAUGAGGAUUCUCGCCCAAGGGCAACGUGCUCUUCGCCCCCGCAGCGGUGUGGUCAGCCGCAACGUCCGAUUCGCCUCUCAAGAUGCUGGGGGUGCUGCUACACAAUCACCGGGCGGCAUUGGCGGUCUUGCUGGCGGCGUCGUCGGAGGGUUCACUGCAACAGCGAUCAUGUACAGCUAUUACCACUUCUCCGGAGCAAAGAGCACGAUCCAAGCAGCACAGCAGUACAAGAGCUACGCCGACUCCGCCACCGACUCGCUCAAGGUCAAAUUUGAGGAGCAGACACCCGAUGCAAAUCAAGCGCUGCAAACACUCAAAGAGGCCGCGCAGAAGUACGCCUCGUUCAUCCCCGGAGCAAGACAGUACGUCGAUGCCGCCUUCAAAGAUCUCGAAUCGGUCAAGCAAAAGCAUGGUGAUGAGGUCGACAAGAUUGUCAGUGAGGCAUAUGGUGAACUCAGGGAUGUAUCGAAGCAAGGGAUGAACUUGGAGGCUGCCGGCCAGGUUUGGAGCGUCUUGUCGAAGCACCUCGAGCGCCUCUUCAGCCUCGGCGGUGACGCUGCAGAAGACAUCCUCAACAACCACCCAGAGCUCAAGCAGAAGCUCGGCGGCUCAACGGAUCAGCUGAAGCAACUUGGAGAGAAGUACGGACCGAAGGCUAAGCAGCAAGUGGACGAGACAUGGAAGCAAGUGCAGGACAUCAUCAACACUGGCCUGAGACCCGACAACAUUGAGAAGAUCCGGAGCUUGGUACAAGACAGGGCGAAGGAGAUUCGGAAGAUGGGCGAGGAAGUGUACAGCAAGGAGGUCAAGUCGGAGUCGAGCGGUGGUGAGAGCACGGAGGGUGAGAAGAAGUGA